AUGCGAGUUGGACUGCACCAGAGGCGAUCGGCCUGCUUGCGCACGGCCGCCUUCGUCUUGUCGACAGCCGUGACCCUCAAUCUGCUGACUUCGACGACGUUGGCGACACCCCCCGUUCGGCCGGGCUUUGAUGGCCUCGGCAGGCUCGCGGAGGCCACUGCAGCGGGCGAAGCAGUGGCCGACGAGGCCGCAACCUUCCCUCGAUACGAGUACCUCACCCCUAUCCAUCCGGACUGGAGGGCCGAACAUGUUCAAUACGACUUCACACCUGCAGAAAGCCUCCGCGCGGGCGACUCGGUCACUCUGAUACUCUACCGUGACCACCUCUUCCCGGGACCGCAAGCAGACGAGGGCGCUUCUGCCGCAAACGAGGAAGGAGCAGUGCCCAUAUUCGACUCUGGAGGCAGCGUCGUGCCGCAAUCGACCAGCAGAGAGCGAGCAGAGCCGUCCGGUGCCGUCGACGAGAUCAGGCCGCUAUCCGCGCCUCAGAAGCAGGAGCUGCUCGCACGCGGCGCCAGGCUGCUGCGUGAGACAAGCGAGCGGCUCGGCAGGAGCAAGGUCUUUGGCCUCGGCAAUGACGAGCUGCGAGCCUGGCUCACGAGGAUCUACCGCAUCCGCCAGCGCUCGUCGGGGAUCAUGCAGGACGAAGGCCCAUGGGGCUGGAAGAUGUACGACGCCCUCGACAUCGAAGUGUUGCCAGCAGACAGGACCAAACCGCAAAUUCUCAGGUUCCUGCAAAGCUACCGUACGCGGGAGGGUCCCAGGCUUAGGAACCACCCGCUCGACGAAGACGAGACGGGUCCCUUUGACGGCGCCCCCUGGCCGUUCCAGGAUUUCGCCGUCGGCGGCUUCCGCGUCCGCGUCCUUCCCGGGCGCAUGGGCGUCGAAACGUUCCGAAACAGGCCGAUGGACGAGGACCACCCCGUCGUCGCCUACCGCCAGCGCCAACCCUCUGAUGGUCCCGAUGCUCCAGCGGGCUCCAGGGAGUCCUCGCUGCUCGAGUGGGUAUUUGUCGGCAACGUCAAAGUGACGAGGCGCCCGCUGCCCCCUGCACCUAGCUCGCCAGAGCCUGGACAGCUGUGA